CUGGGCUAUAGAGGUGCGCAUGCGCCAACGUUACAUCCGGUGUGGUGGUCGGGUCCGCCAGGAGUUUGGGGACGCCCGCCGGAGUUUGGAGCGUUUAGCCAUGUCGGCGUCGGUAUUGUCGGUCAUCUCGCGGUUCUUAGAAGAGUACUUGAGCUCCACUCCUCAACGUCUGAAGUUGUUGGACGCCUACCUCCUGUAUAUAUUACUGACCGGGGCGCUGCAAUUCGGUUAUUGUCUCCUCGUGGGGACCUUCCCCUUCAACUCUUUCCUCUCGGGCUUCAUCUCUUGUGUGGGGAGCUUCAUCCUAGCGGUUUGUCUGAGAAUACAAAUCAACCCACAGAACAAAGCGGAUUUCCAAGGCAUCUCCCCGGAGCGAGCCUUUGCAGAUUUUCUGUUUGCCAGCACCAUCCUGCACCUCGUUGUCAUGAACUUCGUUGGCUGAAUCAUUCCCGUUUACUUAAUUGAGGAGUGGGAGACUAGAAAAAUAAAAUUCGAGAACCAAAGUGAGGAAUGAGGCAAGAAGACACAUUCAUUAUCAGGGACAGGUGAGCUGAGGGCAUCUGAUUUUCUUCAGUGGUUUUAUCGAUUUCUCUUCCUUAGUUUUCUGCUUGGGUUCGUUCAUUCCUGUGCCUUCCCUGCUCCCUAUGCACAAUAUUUGAAACAAGGACAUUGCAAAUGAAUGCUCGUUACCUUUCUCUUUUCCUAAUUAUAAAUGAACAUUUUCUUCAGGUGGA